AUGCCGCCGCCAUCCUCUGCGGAGGGCGGGCGAGGGUGGAUAAAAAGAGAUACCUUCGUCCCCCUCCGCUGCCGCUUCUCCAUCGCCAUCGCCAUCCCCAUCUUCUUGCCCCACGGACACCAUCCUCACAUUCUCCUAUCCUCGAUUGUCCGCCCAAGGUCGAUACGAUCCAACAUGCCCUGCCCACCAAGUCAAAAGGGUUGCGCCAACUGCUCCUGCGCCCCCGCCCCCGCCAGCGCCAGCGGCCCCACGAGCGGCGCGGCCGUCUCGCUCCCCCGUCGUCAGGGCGGCACCACCAACGAGUCCACACCCCUCCUCUGGCCCACGACCGAUGGCAACACGGCCGGUAACGCUUCAGAAAACUACCAGUCGACCGAGCGGCAGCAGGGCGAGGAGCCGUGUGCGGUCGUGGCUCAGGGUGGUGCCGGGACCGUGUGCUGCCGCACGCACCAGGAGGAGGAACGCACCCUCAUCGAUCCGGACCUCGCACGCGACUGCAUCGUCGGACUCUCGGAUGGCCUCACCGUGCCCUUUGCGCUCACGGCGGGCCUAUCGAGCGUGGGGUCCUCGCGCCUCGUCGUCCUGGCGGGACUCGCGGAGCUGGUAUCGGGUGCGAUUUCGAUGGGCAUCGGCGGCUUCCUCUCGGCCCAGGCCGAGCUGCAGCACUUCCACUACCACGAGCGCGCGACCCAGGCGCGCCUGCUGCGGUCGUGCGACGGCGAAAUCGACCGCCAGGUCGAGGAGAUCCUCACCGACUACGGCGUCGAGCGCGACACGUGCCGCCGCGUGGCGCGCGAGCUGAGGCGCAAGGAGGACCAACGCGUACAGAGGAGGUUGCAGGUCCAGGCGCGAAAGGAGAGGGAGAAGAGCGCCAGGAGGCGUAAAGUGUUUGGCGUGCUUCCCUUGCCCUCUUCGGCUGUUGGUGCUGCGCCGACGCCGACGAGGAGGAGAGGAGACGAGGAGAGCCUCGCCGCGCCAAGCGCCAGCAACACUGCCAACGUCGACAACCACGACCACGACGAGGACGAGGACGAGGAUGAGGACCAGGUCGGUCUGACGCCCUUCCUUCUCCGCGUCGGAUCGGGCCUCGAGCCCGUCUCGACGUCGCGCCUCUACAUUUCGGCCCUGACAAUCGGGACGAGCUACUUCGUCGGCGGCGCCAUCCCGCUGCUGCCCUACGUCUUCAUCCCGGACGCCGCCCAGGCGCUCCUCGUCUCGAUCGUCGUCACGGGCGUCAUCCUCCUCGUCUUUGGCGUCGUCAAGCAGCGCGUCACGGGCGGAGAGGGCGGCGUACGCGGUUACCUCUACGGCGCCCUCAGCACCCUCGCCGUCGGCGGCGUCGCGGCCGGCGCAAGUUGGGCCAUUGUCAGCGCCCUCGAGCGUGGUGGAGACUAG